GGCGCACACAGCUGGGCUCCGGGCGGGCGGCGCUGAGCGAGCCAGGCAGGCCCCAUGGCCGCCAGCCGGGCAUCCAACGGCCGCGCCGCGCACCCCAGCGGGGGGCUGAAGCGCGCGCGCACCGAGCCGGCCGGCAGCAGAGUGACCGUGGUGCUGGGGGCGCAGUGGGGGGACGAAGGCAAAGGGAAGCUGGUUGACCUGCUGGCCACCGAGGCGGAUAUCGUCUGCAGGUGCCAGGGUGGGAAUAAUGCAGGCCACACUGUCGUCGUUGAUGGGAAAGAAUAUGAUUUUCACCUCUUUCCUAGUGGCAUAAUUAAUCCAAAGGCAAUUUCCUUCAUUGGUAAUGGUGUGGUUAUACAUUUACCAGGCUUGUUUGAAGAAGCUGAAAAAAAUGAAAAGAAAGGUUUAAAGGAUUGGGAGAAAAGACUCAUCAUAUCAGAUAGAGCACACAUUGUGUUCGACUUUCACCAGGCAGUUGAUGGACUUCAAGAAGUACAGCGUCAAGCACAAGAGGGAAAAAAUAUUGGUACUACAAAGAAAGGAAUUGGACCAACAUAUUCUUCCAAAGCUGCACGAACAGGCCUUCGUAUUUGUGACCUCCUUUCAGACUUUGAUGAAUUUUCUUCAAGGUUCAAGAAUCUGGCACACCAAUACAAGUCAAUGUUUCCCACUUUGGAAAUAGACACAGAAGGGCAACUGAAAAAACUAAAGGGGUAUGCUGAAAAAAUAAGACCAAUGGUCCGAGAUGGUGUUUAUUUUAUGUAUGAAGCUCUUCAUGGCUCCCCAAAGAAAAUUCUUAUUGAAGGUGCCAAUGCAGCACUACUUGACAUUGACUUUGGCACGUACCCAUUUGUGACAUCAUCAAACUGUACCGUGGGUGGUGUAUGCACUGGACUUGGUGUUCCUCCUCAGAACAUUGGCGAAGUAUAUGGUGUGGUGAAGGCAUACACUACUAGAGUGGGAAUUGGAGCCUUUCCCACUGAGCAGAUAAACGAAAUUGGAGACAUCUUGCAGUCCCGAGGCCAUGAAUGGGGAGUAACCACAGGCAGAAAAAGGCGCUGUGGCUGGUUGGACCUUGUCAUUUUGAGAUACGCUCACAUGAUCAAUGGAUUCACUGCUCUGGCAUUAACAAAACUGGAUAUUCUGGAUGUCCUUGAUGAGAUUAAAAUCAGUGUUGCUUACAAACUGGCUGGAAAAAGAAUUCCAUAUUUUCCAGCUAAUCAGGAGAUACUGCAGAAGGUGGAAGUAGAGUAUGAAACAAUGCCUGGGUGGAAGACUGACACGACCGGGGCGAGGAAAUGGGAGGAUCUCCCACCCAAGGCACAGAAUUAUAUUCGAUGUGUGGAAAACCACGUUGGAGUGCCAGUAAAAUGGGUUGGAGUUGGAAAAUCAAGAGAGUCGGUGAUACAGCUAUUUUAAAUGAACUUCAGUGAUGAGAAGCACAAUUUAAUGUUCAUCUGUUCCUUACUACUCCCAAGUUAAAAUGGAGAUGCUGUUUAAAACCAAAAUGUUCUUCUAGGAAAUUAUUAGAAAGAAAUAUAUAUUGUAUACUUUAAUAUUUUCAUUUAUCAGUAAAUGCAAAUGGUCAGUGAUAAAAAUCUGUUUGGUAGCCACCAUCUUUAUCUCACA